AUGUCGGGCUCAAUUGAGGGCGCGGGUCCACCCCGCUUUGACGAGAAGAAGGGGAUUAUGCCACAAGAGAGUAACGAUAUUGAUCGCGGACACAGUCACCAGGAGGUGAUUGAUACCAGCUCAAAUGAGGAGGGUCUUACGGAGUCUGAGAAGAAUAUCCCGAUGACUUUCCGCCGCUUUAUGGGUUUUACAGCCAUGGCGUUUUUGUGGACUGGCAGCCAGAUCCCUGUUUACCUUUUCGGUGGCAUUCCUCCAUAUAUUUAUGGAGACAUUGGAGGUACGGAUCGAUGGGUUUGGUUUGUCCUGGCAAACUUGCUUAGUCUUGCGGGAGUUUGUCCCUUCGUCGGAUCUCUAUCUGAUUUGAUCGGUCGUCGCUAUGUCGCCAUUAUCGGAGCGUCCCUUAUUGUCAUCGGGAUGAUCGUCUGCAGCACGGCAAACACAAUGAACAUAUUUAUUGCGGGUAUGGCAAUUGCUGGUGCCGGUGCUGGAAUCAAUGAAUUGACUGCGCUGGCUGCUACCUCGGAAAUGGCACCAACUCGGAAGCGAGGUGUAUAUGUCGCCGUACUCAUUUUCACCAUCGUUCCCUUCUGUCCUUCCGUCCUCUGGGCUCAGCUCAUCGCAUACCACAGCUCAUGGCGUUAUGUCGGUGCAUUCUGUGGUGCGUGGAGCGCAUUUGGUCUUUUGAUUACAGUCCUCUUCUACUUCCCACCUCCCCGCGUCAACUCCGUCGGAUUAAGCAACAGGGAAGUUAUCAGUCGGAUUGACUUUGUGGGUGGAUUCUUGAGCAUCACGGGAUUGAUUAUUUUCCUGGCUGCAUUGCAGUGGGGUGGAUAUAUGUAUCCCUGGAGCUCUGCUCAUGUCCUCGCACCCCUGAUCAUUGGUUUCGCACUGUUGGUUGCUUUCGCAUUCUGGGAGAUCUAUGGCGCUAAAUAUCCAAUCUUCCCGACGCGGUUGAAGCAAGAGCCUCGAACAUUGGGUCUUACCCUGGUUAUCACUUGCAUUUCCGGCUGCAACUUUUUCUCUGUGCUCAUGUUCUGGCCCACUGAGUCGUUCAAUGUCUACGGUCACGAUCCCGUGAUGGUUGGUCUCCGCAGUCUGCCUAUUGGGCUUGGUAUUCUUGCUGGGGCUUGUAUUGUCCUUGUUCUGUUGAGUGUGUUCAGGGGACAUAACAAAGAACUGUUGAUCGUUAGCAGUAUUCUCAUGACUGCUGGCUGUGGCGCUUUGGCUAUUGGACGAGUCGACAAUAUGUAUCAGAUGUGGGGACUUUUAGUUCUCGCUGGUCUGGGAAUCGGCGGUAUCGUUGUCCCUGCCUCAAUUAUCACCACCAUCAUUUGUCCUGAUGACUUGAUUGCCACCAUCUCCGCUCUGACUUUGUCAAUCCGUGUUGUGGGUGGCGGUAUUGGAUAUACCAUCUACUACAAUGUCUUCAUCUCCAAAUUCGUCCCUAAGGCAACGUACUACAUUGGCGGUGCCAUGGAAGAGUACCUUAACAUCACAGACGUCAAGGUCAUCACCGAGGUCAUUCAGCUCACUGGCGCCUCUCUGUUGGACGAGAUCAAAGAGAUCCCGGGGAUUGCAGGCAAUGACGCUGCCUAUCAAAUAGUGGUGGAGGCGGGUCAAAUGGCAUAUGCCGAAUCAUACAAGUAUGUUUACUUUGUGAGUAUUGCUUUUGGCGUUAUCUCCAUCAUUGCAGCUUGUUUCUUGGGCGACAUCAGCAAGUACAUGAACAAUCAUGUCGCAGUCGUGAUGUGA